GCUGUCAACUCUCCCCGAGGUGCGAGUUGGUAGCUACACCUUCUGUGGAGACGGCUGCUAAGAAAGCGAAGAAAUGAGGCAGAAGCGGAAAGGAGAUCUUAGCCCUGCUGAGCUAAUGAUGCUGACCAUAGGAGAUGUUAUUAAACAACUAAUUGAAGCCCACGAACAGGGGAAAGACAUCGAUCUAAAUAAGGUGAAAACCAGGACAGCUGCCAAAUAUGGUCUUUCAGCACAGCCUCGCCUGGUGGAUAUCAUUGCUGCAGUCCCACCUCAGUAUCGAAAGGUCUUGGUCCCCAAGUUAAAGGCAAAACCCAUCAGAACUGCCAGUGGGAUUGCUGUUGUGGCUGUGAUGUGCAAACCCCACAGAUGUCCACACAUCAGCUUUACAGGAAAUAUAUGUGUAUACUGCCCUGGUGGACCUGAUUCAGAUUUUGAAUAUUCCACCCAGUCUUAUACUGGAUAUGAGCCAACCUCCAUGCGAGCUAUCCGUGCUAGAUAUGACCCUUAUCUACAGACAAGACACCGAAUAGAACAGUUAAAACAACUUGGUCACAGUGUGGAUAAAGUGGAGUUUAUUGUGAUGGGUGGAACAUUUAUGGCCCUUCCAGAAGAAUACAGAGACUAUUUUAUUCGAAAUUUACAUGAUGCCUUAUCAGGACAUACCUCCAACAAUAUUUAUGAGGCAGUCAAGUAUUCUGAGAGAAGCCUCACAAAGUGUAUCGGAAUUACUAUUGAGACCAGACCAGAUUAUUGCAUGAAGCGGCAUUUAAGUGACAUGUUGACCUAUGGCUGCACAAGGCUGGAGAUUGGGGUGCAGAGUGUCUAUGAAGAUGUGGCCAGAGAUACCAACAGGGGCCACACCGUGAAGGCAGUAUGUGAGUCAUUUCACCUGGCCAAGGAUUCUGGUUUCAAAGUUGUGGCUCAUAUGAUGCCUGAUCUGCCAAAUGUGGGACUAGAGAGAGACAUUGAGCAGUUUACAGAGUUUUUUGAGAACCCUGCUUUUCGUCCUGAUGGUUUGAAACUCUACCCUACCCUGGUGAUUCGUGGAACUGGGCUUUAUGAGCUGUGGAAAUCAGGAAGAUAUAAGAGUUACUCUCCUAGUGACCUGAUCGAAUUGGUGGCUCGGAUCCUUGCUCUUGUGCCUCCUUGGACUCGAGUGUACCGAGUGCAGAGAGAUAUUCCAAUGCCCUUAGUCAGCUCAGGAGUAGAACAUGGUAAUUUGAGAGAGCUGGCAUUUGCAAGAAUGAAAGACCUUGGAAUACAGUGUCGAGAUGUGAGAACUAGAGAAGUUGGAAUCCAGGAAAUUCAUCACAAAGUACGGCCCUAUCAGGUUGAAUUGGUAAGGAGAGAUUAUGUUGCAAAUGGUGGCUGGGAAACAUUCUUGUCAUAUGAAGACCCAGAUCAAGACAUUUUGAUUGGCCUCCUGCGAUUACGAAAGUGUUCAGAGGAAACCUUCCGUUUUGAAUUGGUUGGAGGUGUUUCUAUAGUCCGAGAGCUGCAUGUGUAUGGAAGUGUAGUCCCUGUAAGCAGUCGGGACCCUACUAAAUUUCAGCAUCAGGGAUUUGGCAUGCUGCUGAUGGAGGAAGCAGAAAGAAUUGCUAGAGAAGAACAUGGAUCUGGGAAAAUAGCUGUUAUAUCAGGGGUCGGCACCAGGAAUUAUUACAGAAAGAUUGGUUACAGAUUACAAGGCCCGUACAUGGUAAAGACACUAAAAUAACAGCCACACUAGUCCACCUUGGUGUAGUAUCCUCCCUGGCGAAAAAGAAAGAUUCAUGAUAUCUUGAAUACUCAGCAGAGAGGCUGAGCAAAGCAAAUGGACCUCCCCUGUCCCCCUGGCAAGGAGCUUCACUCUCUUCCUGCAGCUGUGGAGACUGGAAACUGCUUUUAGGACCAGGCCAGGCAUCUGCUGACCAAGCCUGCAGAGCCUCUGGUGCUCAGAGCUCCCGUGCUGCCCUCUCCUGUGUGUUGUCAAGAAGUCUUAUCAGUUUGUGAGGUUUAAGUCAUGUAUCCAAUUUCUAAAUUCUCCCUGAGGCUUGCUUUGACUCAGACAAAAGCAAAUUAAUCAACUCAUUUGGACACUAUAAUUCAUGAAAUAAAACUAGCUGUUGUCAUUUGAGGAGUAAACUUAGGAGUAGGUUAUUUAUAAUAUACUAUAGGGACAAAAAGUUCAGGUUGGAACAUAUGAGAACUAUCAGACUUUGAUCCCUGGCCUUUAACUACAUAUGCAUUCCUGCACCAGAAAAUGAGUUUUUGUUUUCAUGGAAAUCAUUUUGUUUCCUGUGCCAAUGUAUGAAAUAACAGUGUGACGGGGAGAGAGGAAUUGAGGUUUUAGGUUUGUGUUUCAAGCUUGAAACCAGCCUUCUCCAUUCAGGAGUCUACUAUCUACAAUGGGCCAUUACACACAUCCUUUGUUUCACAUUUUCUAUUGUCUGUGCUUCCCACACUUGACAACUGCGAAACAACGUGAGCAGCACUCAUGCCGGGAGAAGCGUUUGGCUUCCCCUUUUGUGUGUCCUGAGCAGGCAGAGUCUGACAUGCACGGGUCUGAGGUUGUGUGGCCCGAAGUCAAGAUUCGCUUCUUGAACAGAAGCUGUUCCCUGCAUUUUAAUUCUUUAAGAUGGAUUUUGGUUUGUUUUAAAGGGAGAAAGGUAAAGAGUUCAACUCAUAUAUGAAAGCAAAGAAAUGGAAAACAGGCCCAAAUCUAAAAAUAGGAAAAAGAUUGGCUUUUUCAAAGGUUCAUCUUAUAGAACUGCCUCUUUGUAACUUCUGGGUAAUCUACUAAGGAGAGGGUCAGUUCUUACCCCUGCGCCCCUUGGCUUCUGUGGCAUUUUACAAAGGUUUAUUAAAUGGAAUUGAUUCCCCUCAAAGCUUUGAAAAAUAAAUGCUUCAACAUACAAAGAAGAAUCAUGUAAGGUUUUUACUCUCCCUGUAAAUGCAGUGACAUUUGCCAUGAAUUUACAGCUGUGGGUUUCCCGUCUGUGGCGCUUUAUCUCCUCCUGGGUACUAUUUGCCAUUUCAUUAAACUGCCACCAGGCAGAUGGCAUUGGCUGGUUUGUGGGCUCACUGGGGAACUACACAGGCUUUCCAUGAGUACAGUUUAGGGAAUUCAGCUACUUCUCAAUUAUGCUUGUUUUCCCUAUAAAAAUGAAACUAUUAAACUAAUAAAGCAUACACCAUA